UUGUAGGUCUAUGGCAUUACGGUGGAUCCCAGACAUCUGCUGUUGAUAGCUGACUACAUGACUUAUGACGGGACGUUUAAGCCCCUCAAUCGAACGGGGAUAGAAGGCAACAACUCUCCCUUUCAGCAAAUGUCCUUCGAGUCAUCCCUCAAAUUCCUGAAGAACGCAGUCGUCGGAACUAAAAAAGACAAGUUGUGUUCUGCAUCGGCUCGGAUUAUGCUUGGGCAACCGACCAAGUGUGGUACAUCUGCCUUUCAGUUGCUUCACCAACUUGCACCACAAACUUGACAUAUCAGCAGUGUACAGUGUAAAGGAAGCUGUUGAAACUUUUUCCAGCUCAAUCAUAAAAGUAAUUCAGUUUUUGGUCACUUUUGUAAUAUGGUGGACUCUGAGUAUUGCAUAUUGCAAAUCUAAAACAGUAAAAUAUGUCAUGAUCGUGUUAGUAAAGAUUUCUGACUGUUAACUAACUCAAGUCCUGAUUCUGCUACUUGAUUUUUUUAAAUUGUAAUAGAAUUUAUUUUUACUACGUCAAUCUACCUUGAGUUUUACAAUCAAGAUAAUUACAAUUUUGUAUAUACUGUUAUGAUAUACUUUGUUGUGACACUUGUAUUUUACUGUAUAUAAGAUUUGUUAUUAAAUAUACAAAUAUGUUUGAAA